AUGGAGAAAACGACAACACAAAGUAUCCGGAUCGCCAAUCCCCCCAGCGUCGAGAUCGCCUAUAAACGCAAAUGCAUUGCGCUGAAGAAACGACUCGCCGAAAUCGAGGCUGAGAACGAUAUUAUGCGCACCCGCAACCGCCGCGGUCUCCAUUAUAUCCAAAAGAUGCGUCUCGAAUCCUGCAUGCUCUUAGAACGCCUCGCAAAAGUCACCGCCAUGGGCGACGAAGCCCAGUCCGGCGCCGCAGACCCCGAACUCCGUGCUCGGGCCGCAGCAAUGAUGUCGAGCGCAACCUCAUUGAACGGUCUCGGACCAGAUCAGACAGCAAACGGCGGAUAUCUCGAGGACGAGACAGAGGGAAGCUCCGACGAGCAGCCAAGAACACCUGAAGAACGCCCACUCCGAGUUAAACGCUCUCGCAAAUCCAAUCUGCCUGCUGAUGGUGAAGGCGGCGACGAUGACCAGCAAGGCCAUGAUGGUGCUGACCCUGCAGACAUGGAUGGAUUGCCCCGCCUUGCGCCUGCCCCGAACCAGCAGGAGCUUACCUCUUCCUUCCGUGUUCAGGGUGGUAGCAAUGGUGAGACCCAGGAAGGCGAGCAAACGCCGCGCAGUCAGGAUAAUCGCGAGGGACAGUCUGAGGGUGCCCAGGCGGGUGAUGCUGUUGAGGCAGGUCCGGACUCCGGGACUACCCCGAUGGAUAUGGAUACGGCAGAACCCAAGAGUGAGGAAUAA